AUGAGCCGAUUUGCCAGCGAGAUAGUACGCCACGCAUUCUACAAUACAGGCAGCCCCGAUGCGGACAGUCUCUCACUCAGCAAGGCCAUGACAACGGUCUUGUUGAUAGGGGUUACGUACUGCAUGCUCGUCGGCAUCUACCGGCUCACGCUCCAUCCGCUCGCAAAGUAUCCCGGACCGAAACUGGCAGCAGUGACACGUCUGUGGCACUCGUACCACCUAUGCACGGGAGACAUCGUUUCAGCCCUUUCGCAGGCACACGAAACAUACGGACCAGUGUUGCGGAUUGCUCCAGACGAGGUGCUCUUCACCUCCAGUCGUGCAUGGGAUGACAUUUACGGCGCGCGCCCCGGGAAGCCCGAGAUGGACAAGGACACCCCCCUCUACAAGGGCCCGACUGCGCCUCAUUCAAUCGUGACGGUAGACGGUGACCUUCAUCGCUUUUACCGCCGUCUGCUCGCCAAGGGCUUCUCGGAUGCUGCGCUGAGAGAGCAGGAGCCAGUGAUUCAACGAAACAUCAAUCUAUUGGUAGAGAAGCUGCAAGUGGAAGUAGCGGCAGGUAAGACACCUGAAAUGACGGCUUGGUUUAACUACGCGACAUUUGACCUGAUCGGGGAGCUUGCAUUCGGCGAGACCUACGGUUGCCUCGAGAACUCGCACUACCACCCCUGGGUGGAAAUGAUUCUCGAGGUGAUGAAACUCCGCGCCAUGACGCACGCCGUAGGGUACUAUCCAUGGAUAUUCCACAUCCUGAUGUGGUUCGUCCCCAAGUCCCUGCGCGACAAAUUCGUAACCCACCGGAAGUACACCCAUGACAAAGUGCAGCGUCGAAUGGACCGAAAGAUCCACUACAAGGACCUGACAACCAAUCUGUUCGAUCCACAGAAUGGGCUCGAGCGAUACGAGAUUGACGGGAAUUGCUCCACCCUCAUCAUCGCCGGCAGCGAAACGACGGCCACGGCUCUCAGUGCAACACUAUACUUCCUGACACAGAACGUAAACGCCAAGCGCAAAGUGAUCAGCGAAAUUCGAAGCACCUUCAACAGCGUUGGAGACAUCAACUCGAUCAGCGUGAAUCAGCUGAAGUAUCUGAACGCGUGCAUGAACGAGGCGCUCCGGAUCUUCCCUCCCGGUCCCGCGGUCUUUCCGCGCCGUGUCCCUCGGGGUGGCGAUUUUAUCGACGGACAUUGGAUCCCUGGUGGCACACAAGUCGGCAUCGCGCACUUCUGCAUCAAUCGCUGCAGCCGGAACUUUGUCGAUCCACACAGUUUCAUCCCUGAACGAUGGCUCGGGGAUCCCACGUACCAGACCGACGAUCGCCACGCCGUGCAGGCGUUCAGCUACGGUCCUCGAAACUGCAUUGCUCAUAACCUCGCCCGAUUGGAGAUGCGUCUGGUCCUGGCUCGGCUGAUCUGGGAGUUUGAUUGGGAACUCGCUCCUGGAUCGGAAAAGUGGGAAGAGGCGUUAGUCUUCAAUGUCUGGAGUACGAAGCCGUUGAAGAUCAAAUUUACUUCAGUGACACGCUGA